GGCGACUGGGCGAGAGGCCGGAAGCGAGGCCUAGCUUGGGCUUGCCUGUCCGCCUCCGGGUCGCCGCGCCUCGCCGAGCCAGAUUUGCCUGAUGACUUGGUGGUCACUGAUGUUCUUCAUCACCUGACGUGAUGGGACCAAGCCAGACAUCUACCUGUGUUCAUCUAGCAUCCAGUAUCCAACUAGAUGGAAGGAGUGACCCUAGGACUCUUCAACCUCAGAACCAGCUGCAGUUUAAUAGGAAUGUUCCUACACAUCCCAGCAACUUGGCAGUCCGAUACUCUUGUCCACAUGCAAUUAAAAUUGAAAAACUGAAACACUCAUAUAAUGAAUUGUAUCAUUGUAAAGACUUGGAUUUUAGAGCUGGAAAUGAUCUAAGCAGUUCUGUCUCAUUUUCUGUCAUAUCGGAAGAGAGGCUUAGCUAUGCUGUCCACCUAGCCAAAAGAGAUGUAAAACGAAGACAGUUUGAAGAACACAUAAAGGAUCAUCUCAGAAGUCAGCCUCAUGUCUCUCACAAAUGUGUACACACCCAGGUGGAUAAGAAGGACUCAAAGAGUCAGAGUGUCUGUCAUUGCAGCCACCAGCCGUCCAAAGCAAGCAUCUCCAGCUCAGGUGCCAGGGUUUAUAUAUACACAUCUCAUCCAGGGCGUUCAGAUCUUACUGUGCCAAAUUCACCACCUACCCAUGAUCCAGGACUUCAGCCACAACCCAAGACAGAGGAUCACAAAAACAUGUGGGAACAGAAAAGCCUGUUAGAAGUUCAGCGACUCCGAAAGGAAUUGAGCAGUUGUAUCCAUAAAAUAGAAGCAGUAACUAAAAAAGAUAGACUAGAAGAAGCUUUGGAUCCAGAUGAAGAGCAUCGAAUCCGAGUGAGGAGACAGGAGCAAGCUGUGCGCUGUGCUCGAAUGCUCUACGGUCUUCAGCAGCAGGUAAAAGAAGUCCAGGAAGAACUGGAUAAACUGAGUCCACACAAAAUUAAACAUACUAAGAAGUCGUGGGCAAUGUCUAGGCUGGCAGCCGCUCAUCGAGGAGCCAUCCGGGCCUUACAGAUGUUUGUCACUCAGUUUACUGACCGAGGGGAGCACCCAGUUCCUUCUCGGUGUAAGGAACUGGGCAGCCUUAUUCGUCAGCUUUCACUGUGUUCUGCCAAGCUGGAUUCUGAUCCUUCUGUGCCAGAUGUGGUCAUAGACAUCUUGCAUCAAAUUGAGGCUAUGGAGUCUCUCCUGGAAAAGAAACUGUCACCUAAAAAGGUAAAGAAAUGUUUCACAGAAAUUCGGAACAGAUUUCCUAUUGGUAGCCAAAGAAUCUUAGAGAGAUGGCCAACUGCACUGCCCAAGAAUGAGAGAAGACCCUUGGUCGCAAAGGAGACAUUUCCACAGGAAGCCAGUCGACCUUCUGUGGCAAAGAGGCUUCUUGCUGAUGUCUGUCAGCCUGAUGUAGAGCUUCCAGUGCCUCAAAGGCUGGAGAGUGAACCUGGUGUGGUAGAUGAGGAUACUCUUCCAGAAGAAGCCCCUUUCAUAUUGGGCCAUGGUACAGGUGCCAAGGAUGAAGCACUAACCCCAGCAAAAACACGAGCAGUGAAAAAGAAGACUGUAACAGAGCAUGUGCCAUUUAGGAAGAAAGAUACGUUAGAGUCAGCCAGACUGCAACAGGGACUCCACAUAUCUGAAAAAAAUCGACCAAACCAACCUUACAGCAAAAGCAGGUUGCAACAGACAACGGUGUCAUCCAGAUUAAAAAUGAACCGACAGCCUGUGAAAGACCACAGGGCUCCUUGGAUACCUCCAAACCCCACAUCCCCACCAGCCUCUCCUAAAUGUACUGCGUGGCUAAAGGUGAAGUCCAGUCCCUGCAGAGAUGCUGCUAAGGAACAGUCCCUCCAGCAGGAGGACACCCACGAGGGAAGUCAGUUGGGAGGUGCUGCCCAGCAAGAAGCAGCCAGGCUUCCUUGGCCAGAUGCUGAGUCUUCCAGAAGACUGAAGGAACUAGAAGAAUUGGAAGCCAAAGAAAUGGAAAGAAUGCAAAAGCAGAGGCUUGAUUGGCUUGAGGCUGAGACUUGUAGAAGAACCAAGGAGCUGGAUGAACUGAAAGCCGAAGAAUUGGAUAGACUUCAAAAAUUAAGUGCCUCUGCCACCCAGUUAGCUGACAGGGUAGAGGAGGCGGUUCUGGAGCGGUUGAAGCCCCUCUUGAUCAAGGCCCAGAGAGUUAAUUCUUCUGUGGAAGCAAAUAGUCAUUUGAAGGAUCGUCUGUCACCGAGCGCAGCAGCAGCAGCAGCAGCAGCAGCAGCAGCAUCCCAGCCUGCAGAGCAGGCUGCAGGUAUCAAUUAUGAAUCCAGGAAUAUUCAUCAGCUGGAUGACUGUUUAGAAGAUGCUGCUCAUGAGCUCCAGGCUAUGACUCAUGAUAAGAUCUUGGGGUUAGAAACUUCAGCCACAUUGGGGGACAGCAAGGACAGCCCUGAUCUACAGACCAUGAUGCGCCGGAUGGAGGAAAUGGAAAAAUACCAGGAGACAGUUCGCCAAAGAUAUAAUAAAAUUGUAUACGCUGACCCUCACUUAUGGAUGCACGAAGAAAGAAAUGACCAGAACAACCCAGCAGUAAGUGAAAGACCUUUGGCUCCCCAUCCAAUCAAGAUCACUAAGACAGCAACUCCCAAGGAUCCAGCUGUGAAAAUCUUGUUAGAGAGGCCCUGCAAUGCCAACUCACUGGAUGAAAGUGUGGGAACAGAGGAGGAACCAGAGAAAAGAGAGGCCCCCUUUUCCUCCGUCGGAGAAGAUCUGCAUCAGAAAGAAGGCCGAACUCCCCUCUUCGUCCCUCCAGGGAUGCAGCACAGCAUUGGUGAUUACUGUAGCCAAUUUGAGCAGUUCCUACGGAUCAUAUCUCAUGAGGCUGUAGGCUCCUUCAACCCAUGGCUAAUAGCUGAAAGGUAUGAAAAGCAUUUCUCUGAAUGCAGGAAAUUUGAGGCUAGGAGAGGGCAGACCUUCCCCAUGCCAGUUCACUCUCCUGGAGGGCAGAAGGUCCUCUCCACACCACAGAGCAUCCCGUCUGAAGGAGGGAGCCAGGUGGGUGACUGGAAGACUUUUGGACUCUCCAGGGGACCAAAGAUGCCCAUAUGGCCUUUUGAAGGCGCCUAGGUCCUGGUGCUAAGGUUUUCAGAAACUCUGAAUUGAGAAAAAGAAGUGUGUAUAAAAAUAAGGCAAGUGCCUGAAAAAAAGUUUGCCUGGGUCAGUUAUUUGUGUGAGGUUUGGUGAAAGAAAUGGAAGAGCAGAGGGAAAGGCACACCCGAGGACUCAGUGAGUCUGGCUACUGCAGACGCCCUAAGCAGCCUCCCGUGAUUGUUCCGAAGGUAUCAGAAGUUCAGGUGAUGAGUUAAGAUGCUUGGUCACACUUAUUUAUACAAAACUGAUUUUGUUUAAUGUUUUCUUGCUUAAUGUUACAUGACCUCAGAAUGUGAAGGACAUCUAGGGUUCGUAGUCUGCAGUCUGGAGAGUUAAACGUGCACUUGAGCCUGUAAAGCACCUGUCAUUGGUAGUGUGAAGUCGUUUGUGUGACAGUUGUUACUGUGCUGAUUUAAAACAAAAAUAAACUCAGUAUUUUAAAUUGUGA